ACACGUAUGUGAAAGAGGCUACAACCAAUAUGAAGCCAGCGAUCCAACAGCCAAUCAAAAUCUGCCUAAAUCUAUUUUCUAUCACGAAAUCUUGCGUCGCCAGUCCGUAUUAGGUUUCAAGUAGUACGGUGGUAUUAUAAUAUUUUUUUUACUAAAUGUCUUAAGGUUUUGUGAUUUUUCAUCUUUUAGAUUUACUGUAUUCAUAUUUCAUCAAUUGGAAUUGGUAUCAUCACAAGUAAAUCAAGCUGCAUUAAAAAUGCCAGGAAAUGAGUUGUCCGAAAUGUUCAACAGUAUCCCACCCGUCACUCGGUACUGGUUUUCUGGCACAAUAUUGUUCUCUCUCCUCGGGAAACUGAAUAUCAUUGAUCCCAUGCGUAUGAUCUUGCUAUGGGAUAGGAUAUUUUCUCAUUUCGAGAUAUGGAGACCAAUUACAGCGUUGCUGUUCUACCCAGUUUCUCCUUCCACUGGAUUUCACUUUUUAAUCAACCUAUACUUCUUGUAUUCUUAUUCAUCUCGAUUAGAAAACGGAAUGUUCCUAGGACGCACGGCGGACUACGUAUUUAUGUUCAUGUUCACAUGGCUAACACUUGUGAUUGUGAGCUUUUUGGCUGCAUUUUACGUGCUUUUGGAACCAAUGGUACUCACAGUACUAUACAUAUGGAGUCAACUUAACCGUGAUGUUCCUGUUCAGUUCUGGUUUGGUAUGCAGUUUAAAGCGAUGUACUUUCCUUGGGUGUUAGUAAUAUUUAACUUGAUUGUUCGCGGCAGCGCAAUGAUGGAACUGGUUGGAAUAAUCGUAGGACAUCUUUACUACUUCUUCGUUUUUCAAUAUCCGCAGGAAUAUGGUGGCCAAGCAAUACUAAAAACUCCUGGGUUUCUAUACAGACUUUUUCCGAAUCAACGAGGUGUUGUAACUGGCUUUGGAGAAGCCCCUCGCGCAAGACAGCAGACCGCAACAACUGGGAGAUUUCCAGGACGUGGGCAGGUAUUGGGAAAUACUGACUAAGAAAGCUAUGUAUUUAAUGACAAAUCUGUCGUUUUUUCUAAUAAAAAUCUGCACAAUUAAAAAAUGUUAUAAAAAUUAAAUGCUCAGAUUACAACGGCUUUUUUCAGAUGACAUUUCAAUGCAGUAAAUACAGGGUUUUAGAUAACAGUAUUGUAGACGUGAGGCUAUGUUAUUUCACAUUUCACUUCCGAAUUGACAUGAGUAUGAUAAGAGGCCUAAACGUAAAACUAAGGUUACAUCACGCAUUAAAAGUACUUAACGUUUACAUGAAAUGAGCAGACGUAAUAUGCAGUUCAGUCACCACUUCUGCUUGAAAAUUAGGGUUGCACACAUCUUCACUGUUAUGAAUCCAAACCAAAUUUAUUGUCUGAGUUCUCAGCGAACAACCUAAUCACCGCAACAUACAGGUUAACACUGG